AUGGACAAAUACACGAAUAUCCAUCAUCCGGACUAUAUCCCAGGUACUUUUAACAUAUACUCGUCUAACAGUCUUGAAAAUGGAGUUAUAUAUGGUUCUAAACUCAAGAAAAAUGACGAAGGCGUAGUGCUUAUUCCACAGCCUUCUGACUCUCCCAAUGAUCCUCUCAACUGGUCAAAGAACAGGAAACUAUGGCAUCUAGCGCUAAUGGCCUUUAUUACUGCUUUUACUGCCGCUACGAGCAAUGAUGCCGGAGCAGCGCAAGACUCGUUAAAUGAAAUCUACGGUAUUUCUUACGAUGCAAUGAAUACGGGUGCGGGUGUGCUUUUCCUUGGUAUUGGGUGGGCCACUUUGUUUCUCGCGCCGUUUGCGAAUCUUUACGGCAGAAAAAUCACAUACCUCAUUUGCAUUGCGCUGGGACUUUUCGGAGCUCUGUGGUUUGCCUUGGCAAAACGUACUUCUGACACUAUUUGGUCGCAGCUUUUUGUUGGAAUUAGCGAAUCUUGUGCUGAGGCCCAAGUCCAGCUCUCACUGAGCGAUAUAUUUUUCCAGCACCAACUUGGCUCAGUACUGACCAUUUACAUUCUGUCAACAAGUGUGGGCACAUUUUUAGGACCUUUGAUUGCAGGCUACAUUUCUUCACUUGUUAGUUUUCGUUGGGUUGGCUGGGUUGCUGUGAUCAUAUCUGGCGCGCUUCUCAUUGCGAUCGUUUUUGGAUGCGAAGAGACUUAUUUUGACAGAAACAAGUACAUAACCCCGCUUUCAACCAAGCGUGGGUCAAGACCUCAAGAGGAAAACUCCGAUUGGCAGAACUCAACUUUGCAACCUCUUGUCAAUGCAGGGAAAACCUCAGAAAUUGAAAUUCACGAAGAGGACAAGUCCUUUCUUCAUGACAGAUCAGAGCCUUACUACGACAACGAAAGAACAAUUACAUCUGCAGAUGAAAGCAAGCUGAUUGAUGGAUCGAGCGAAAAAGAUUACUCUUAUUCUAAACGCGUUGCUCUUGUCACGAAAGCUACCAAUCUUCAAGGGCUUGGAUUCAAACAAUACUUCCACUAUAUUGGAAUCAAUUUGAGAAUGUUCCUUUUUCCACCAGUCUGGCUUUCAGGCCUUUUCUGGGGUAUACAAGAUGUGUUUUUGACGUUUUAUCUGACUACAGAAGACACCUACUUUUAUGAUGCUCCGUGGAACUAUAGCGACUACGGUGUUGCAAUCAUGAAUGUGCCUACUUUGAUUGGCGCAGUCGUUGGAUGUAUUUAUGCGGGUAUUAUCAGCGACUACUUUGUUCUCUGGAUGGCCCGCAGAAAUAAUGGAAUUCUAGAGGCUGAAUACCGUUUGUACUUUUCUUUUGCCACAGCAAUCAUUGGUCCGGCGGGAUUGCUGAUGUUUGGUAUUGGUGCUGCUCGUGCGUUACCUUGGCAGGUAAUUUACGUUGGUCUAGGCUUCAUUGGCUUCAGUUGGGGUUGCUCUGGUGACAUCGCCAUGGCUUAUUUGAUGGAUUGCUACCCUGAUAUGGUCCUGGAGGGUAUGGUUUGCACAGCCAUUAUCAAUAAUACUAUUUCUUGCAUCUUCACCUUCACCUGUUCCUACUGGCUCCAGGCCUCCGGGACUGAAAACACCUAUAUUGCUUUGGCCGUUAUCAAUUUCGGUAUAACCAUUCUAGCGCUUCCAAUGUUCUUGUGGGGGAAAAAGAUAAGACAAGCAACUAAAAAACUAUACAUCAAAUCUGUGAAGGCCAGAGAUGCCUGA